UUUGAACGCAGCACUGAGCCAAGUGUACUGCUAGUCGCGAGAUUUUGAGCGUGGUUUGUCUGCCCUAUGCUUUGCCUUCGUCCGAAGUAGAAUUUUCUAAGUGAAAGUGGUUAAAUCGGUUAAAUCCACGUGAGAUUCCAGUGAGAUCCUCCGAUAUCGACUGUAAUAAUCUUGAGGUACAAGGUGCACGAUGUAUUCAAAAUCCGUAUGUAGCGGAUGAUUUUCUCCAUUUGACGAAAAUUCAAUAAAUGCCAACGAGGAAAAGCCCUUGUUGAUCGUCCUGAUGGUCCUGGAACUUAGGGAGAUCUUUUUGAAUUGGAGAAUUUGAAAACCUAUUGGGCAGAACUUUGUACUUCCUUCGCCCGAGAAAUGGUCAUUUGAGAAAGGGUGAGAAAGGACAGUUUUGGACACAAACCUAAGAAGCCCAGCAAGGGAUCACAUCUACAUUCGUUCUUGAAGCGUCACAAUACCUUCCUGUGUCCGUUGUUACGUUGAGUGCACUGACCCGUUGCUGCUGCUGACGCUGAAGGGACUAGAUCAUGAUGGCGCCAUCUUCUAGUCGAGUUGAAGUCAACACCACUGACAGGUCAUCAGCAAAGAGGAGGAAGAUAACCGGUUUAGACAAAUUUGUCCCGGGACUUGACAUGGCCUAUGCCAAUGCAUGUCGUAACAUCUCAACAUGCAGCCCGGCUUCUGAGCAGACUUCGUUCCAGAGCGAGGGCGCGUCGCAGACAGCCUCUCGGGAUGCGGUUGACGAAGGGCCAGUUUGCCGGGCGGGAAUGCCGCAAUCCCGAAAUCCAGGUCAGUCAGCAGAGGCCACGCACCAACAGUGGGUGUGA